GGUGUGUAGGAGGAGACAGUUAGAGGGAAGUGUGUGGGACAGGGGGAGCCCCCGGCUUCGGGCUUCUUCGGGCUUCCAGUAAAAAGGUAAACUCUUGCCAGGCUCACCUCCGUAGCCUUCCUGAUUUUCCUGCCUGAUGCCUCAUCUCCCUGAAUGGAUGGAGGGAACGUUCCCAGCUUGAAGAGUCCAGCUCUGCUGGUGAGGGACAAAGGGCCCUCGAUUCCAAAGGUGUUCGGACAGAGAUGGCAAGUUCCUCUGGCUCCUGGCUCUCUGGCUGCCUCGUGGCACUCGUGUUCCUCCGGCUGCCAAUGCCCUUGUCAGGGGACGCCGACGACUACCACCUGGCCCCACUAGGGGGCACAGCCCAGCUGCUCUGCCCGCUCGCCCUGUGGCCGGUCACCGUGCCCGCCGUGGUGACGUGGCUGCGGUCCCCGAGCCCGGACCGCUCCCAGGUCGUGCACGUGUUCCGGGACGGCAGAGACCGGGAGGAAGGCGUGAUGCCAGAAUACAUGGGGCGGACGGCGCUGCUGAGGGACCCCCGAGAGGGGAGCGUGUCCCUGGAGAUCCGCCACGUCCGGCUGGAGGACCGAGGGCUGUACCAAUGCGAGGUCCAGAUUGGAAACCUGACUCGAAACGGCACCGUGACCCUGCAGGUGGCAGCCCCGUCUCCAGGGAGGAUCUCCUCCUCAGCAGUGGCUCUUGCUGUGAUCCUGCCUGUCCUGGGGAUUAUCAUCAUGGUGGGCAUAUACCUCAUCUGGAAGCAAAGAAGAUCAAAAGAGAAGCUUCUCUAUGAACAGGUGAUGGAGGUAGAAAAUCUUCUCUCAGACCACGCAAAAGAAAAAGGAAGGCUCCAUAAAGCCCUCAAGAAACUCCGGAGUGAACUGAAGUUGAAAAGAGCUGCGGCGAACUCAGGCUGGAGGAGGGCAAGGCUGCACUUUGUGGCAGUGACCCUGGACCCGGACACAGCACAUCCCAAACUCAUCCUGUCUGAGGACCGGCGAUGUGUGAGGCUUGGAGACAGAAGGCAGCCUGUGCCCGAUGGCCCCCAGAGAUUUGACUUUGUCGUCAGCGUCCUGGGCGCUGAGUACUUCACGGUGGGCUGUCACUACUGGGAGGUGGACGUGGGAAACAAGACCAAAUGGGCCCUGGGAGUGUGUAGUGAGUCCGUGAGCAGGAAGGGGAAGGUCACUGCCACGCCCGCCAAUGGACACUGGCUUGUCCGCCAGAGUAGCGAGCAGGAGUAUGAAGCUCUCACAUCCCCACAGACCACCUUGCGCCUCAAGGAGCCCCCACGGUGCGUGGGGAUUUUCCUGGACUAUGAAGCAGGCAUUGUUUCCUUCUACAAUGUGACCAGCAGAUCCCACAUCUUUACUUUCACCCACACUUUCUCUGGCCCCCUUCGCCCUUUCUUUGAGCCUUGCCUUCAUGAUGGAGGGAAAAAUACAGCACCUCUAAUCAUCUGCUCGGAACUCCAGAAAUCAGAGCCACCAACUGGCCACAAGCCAGAAGAAAAAGGCCAUGCGAAUGGAGACGUGGCCAUGAACGUGGACCCUUCCUUACUCCCUCCUCAGGCACCGGAGCUUUUCCCACCUGGGGAUAUGAUCCUGCCCUGGCCCACUGACCUUGCCCCAGCCCUACAGGGGCUCAAGGUUCCUUCUUUUUAGGGCUGUACCUCAUUACCUGCUCCCCUGAUGGUCCAGCACCCUAGCCUGGAUUUCAGUCUGUCGGCCCAACACCUGAUUCCAAAACAUCCCAUCGCCUUUCCCCAGUUCUAGACCUUGUGAUUUUGAUUCAACCCACCUUUCACUCAGGGCUCAGUUCUAAACUCUGUCAUCCUUCUGGGGACUUAAAAUUCCCAUUGCUCUGGAAGAAUUCCUGAAAACCAAAUGAAGGUUUGGUGAUGAUUAGGUGUAGGUGAUGACGGUGAAUGUGUGUCAUCAAGAUACAGGGGUUCUCUACUCGAGGAGCUAUUUAGAGGAACUUCACCCUGCCUCAUCCUGCACUUGACCUUUUAGUCACGAAGUUAUGGUGCCCAGUCCCUGACUUCUCUCUUGUCCCCUCCAGAAUGGCUUUUUCCCUUCUCUCAGUGCAGACCAAAGCCAGCUUUUUAAAAGUAAACAUAUUUUGGGUCACACGCUCUUCCUUCUUUCUUCUGGAAUAUGGGGUGGGGAAGCUGGAAGGGUAAAACAUGCCAUCCUUUUCUGUUUCCUUGAUGCUUGUUUACAGUAUAGUGUCCUGACAUUCAGAGCUAAUGUACACGUUUUCAAAGCUAACUUACCUAUUGAUGCUAACCAGGUGCAGGGAUUUUAAAUGUGGUAGCCAUAAUCCUGAAAAGCCUCAAGAGCACAAUCAGGGAGCUGGGAGGCACAGUUUCAAACACAGCAGCCCAGCUGUGCGUGGCCUUGGAAAGACAGCCAUGGAUGAGUCUGUCUGUUACCCUGGCCUUUUCGAAUUUCCUCCUGGGAUUUAGAGAGGUCCAGCUAGAAAAGUGGCAGUUUUAACCACCAGUGUAGAGGCUUUUUUUCCCCAUAAGACCAUUAUCCUAGAAGACGUGACACCUUGUGUAGCAAACAGCCUCUUAGGUGAGAGUAUUGAUUUCAAAUAGGAAGUUGGUAGCUCCUGUGUGAGGUUAAAAUAAUGAACCUCAUUUUUUGGCAUGGAUUGCAGAAAGAAGCCUACUCACUUUCAAGUCAUUGCACACAUGUGAUCUGGCCUCUUUGUGGAAAUACUGGCUGAUCUCAGUUUGCAGAUGAGUACACAGUUCUACCCAAUAGAAACUGGAUCUUUCUGUCAGAAGUUCUCUGUUAGUGCUUGUAAUAGUUAGGAUCCUCCUGGGCAAUAUAUGUUUGUUAUAUUUAUAUGUAUAAAGAGAUUUAUUAUAAGGAAUUGGCUCACAUGAUUA